AUGGAUCUCUACCAGACGCUACUUCCAGCACAUAGUACAUGCUGUUUUCGAAACAGUCUCCCAGCCCUAGGUCAGUGGGGUUCAUGCAGAGAAGAGGCCCAGGUAUUACCGAGCAAGAUGAACCAGAGAGACCUAGAAAGGUACAUAGAAGAGCUCAAGGAAUUGGCUGAAGUUGAUGAUAUGGAUCUUGACGAAUACGGAUAUGCCUCGGAUUCGGGCUCCGAGGACUCGUAG